AUGGCAAUGUCUCCGCAAGACGUAGGUCCACGUGAUAUUGGAGCUAUUGAUGAUUCAGGCAGAAUGGACACUCCCGUAAAUCCCGUAAAUAUGAAUGAAGAAGCACCAUCUCUUGGAGAUGAAGAAUUUGGGAGCGAUGAAGAGGAGGUAGAAGUUGGCACUAAUGAAGUGGCUGCCCCAGAUGAUGGUUUAGAGUCUUUAGACCCAUUUCGACAAAAAAAGAGAGCUAGAAAGUUUGUAGCAUGGAAGGAUUUUCAAGAUGUAGUUGUCGGAUCGGAAAAAACUCUCAUGUCAGAAUGUAUUCAUUGCCAGAAAAAAUUCAUGAAAACCAAAACUAGUACAACUACUAGUUUGUUGAGGCAUAUGAAUGUAUGUCAGAAGAGAUUGGCAAAGCUGAAGAAACCAAAGCAACAAAAGAUAAAUUUUCCAGUAGGUGACUCUAGCACACAUUCAUAUCUUCAUACUGGGCAAUUUGACAUGGCUGGUAUGAGAGAAGCAGCGGCGGAAUGGGUGCUUAUGCAUGAGCAUCCAUUUUCAAUUAUGGAAGAGGAUGGCUUGAAUUUAAUGCUGAAAAGGGGAAUGCCCGAAUGGAAAAAAAAUUAG